AUGGCGGAACACUUCGCGCUCAUGACGGGGCGGAUGAUCACGGAGGCGACGCUUCAGGGCGCCAUCUUCGACGCCCCUUCCGCGAAGGAUGCUUGUGAUCAUCAUGAUCCUUGUGUUUUUGAGGACGGGAGGACCAAGACUGGUGUCGUGGUGGAAUGCAGAAUCUGCCAAGAAGAAGGUGAUCAAGCCUACAUGGAGACCCCUUGCUCCUGCAAGGGUAGCCUCAAGUACGCUCACCACAUAUGCAUCCAGAGGUGGUGUAACGAGAAGGGAGACACCAUAUGUGAGAUAUGCUUACAGCAAUUUACACCGAACUACAGUGCCCCUUUGAAGUUGUUUCGGAUCGGAAGAAACCAAAUUAGCUUCAGCAGGAGAGCUGGAGAAACACCAGCGAAUCUCAACGCUGGAGAAAACGUUUCCCAAACCGGUGAUCAUGCUGCUGGCACAUCAAGCUUUGACUCUCAAUUUUGCAAUCCAAAAGGCGUCACCUACUGCCGUGUGAUUGCCAUCGCCUUGAUGGCUCUGCUGGUGCUCCGUGACGCAAUCUCGCUUGUCCUCGGCGGCCCCAAGGUGUACUCGAUGGCACUGAUCACUCUGCUGAUGUUCAGAACAGCCGGAGUUAUCAUACCCAUCUACAUUAUCUUGAUAUCAGUUGUCACAUUGCUCCAUCGGUACAGCCAACACCAGGAUGUGCAUGGCGCGGCCCCAGUUACAGAACCUGUAGGAACUGAGGACUCACAGAGCCUGCAGCCGACGCCACCUCAACAGCAUGUCAUCAGCAUCCAGUAG